AUGGAUGGUUGCUUGGUACAAUGCACGUCUGUUGAAAAUAGGGUAACAAUUUUGUGUGCUACAUGGAGUGCUGGAAUAUGUGCAAUGCUCUGCCUCCUUUAUCCCCCCCGGCCUCCUCUCUCAAUUGCUAAUACAUUGCGUUCAUUAUCGCUUGAACUUUCCAUUAUCUUGUGUUACAAUGAGGGUUCGGUAGAUAUCAUAGACGCAAAAAGCCACCGCCCGCAAUAUUUCUAG